AUGGAUGUCUCUGUAAUAGAGGAACUGGAAGUCGAGGACGAACUUAAUUUCGAGGUUGAUGUCGCCAUAAGCUCUGAGGACGAGCUUGUCUCCGAAACUGUAGUCGAAAUCGAUAUAGUAGGCGCAUUUAGGGAUAAUACCGAGGUAGAGAAGCCUGUGUUCGACGCAGAUGUCGAAGACGAGCUUGGGUUGGUGGCACGGUCGCAGUCUCCAAACUCCGCUUGGCAUCCCUUGCCGCAGUACGCAUCUGUAGAUCCGCAAUACGACUGA